AACGAGGGCAAGAUGAGGUCACGGAUAUAGCGAUGUGGGAGUGAAUCAUCGUACCGCGACCAAUUCUUCGAUUUAUUAUUACCAAAAACAAUCAAGGUAUUUCCAUCAUGUUGCUAUUGAGAUGAAGUAAUUACAUUCAGUCGUCAUGGCUACUGCAGUACCGAAACGAAAAGCGGACCUAAAAGUGGUUAUUAUGGGAGAUUCCAGUAUCGGUAAAACAACAUUGAUUCAUCGAUAUCUUGAUGGAAAAUUCACAGAUGUAUCCACUACAAUUGGAGCUUCUUUCUUUCUUAAACAAUGGGGGCCAUAUAACGUGGCAAUUUGGGAUACUGCGGGAGAAGAAAAAUUCUCCACAUUGAGUUCCUUCUAUUGUAGGAACGCAUCAGCGGCCAUCUUGGCUUACGAUAUUUGUGACAGAGAAACAUUUGACAGUUUACAGACACGCCAUCUUCCUCUCCUGGAAGCUGCUGAGAAAAACUGUCUUGCUGUUGCUGUGGGAACCAAACUUGAUCUAGUUUCUCCAACAUCCCGUCAGGUUUCAAAUGAUGCAGGAGAACAGUUUGCUGUUUUGUCGAAUCCUGACAAGUUCAAAGAGGGCUGUGAUAGCAAACAACGUAUACCUUUCUUUGAAACAAGUUCUCUAACUGGGGAAAAUAUAGACAAUGUAUUCCUCUAUAUAUUCAGCACACUCUUGCCGCUAGAUCGUGAAGGAAACGCAAUUGAUCCCAAUGCAGGCAGGAAACGACCAUCCGGGGUGGUGGAUCUGGAUACCAGUCAUCCUCAGCCACAGCAGCAACAGAGCUCUCCCUCAGGAUCACCACCGCCACCAAUGGGUACAAGGCAACAUCGUUGUUGUUAA